GCUUUCACGCCCCUGCUCCCCACAGCGCAUCGUGGCCGGGGAGCUGACGUCAUGGGGCAGGCUGGGCCCCUUGCUGCUCCCCUAUAAAACCAGGGCCUUGCCCGGCAGGCCAGUAUCAUCGUCUAGCAGGACUCCUUGCCCUGGUUCUGCUCCUGCGGCUCACCCCAAAGCAGCAUGAAGGUCUCCGUGGCUGCCCUCACCAUCCUCCUCGUCGCGGCCUUCUGCUCCCAGGCCUCCGCCGCCCCACUGGGGUCCGACACGUCCGUGUGCUGCUUCGGCUACGCCUCCCGGAAGCCCCCCCAGGGCCACCUGAAGGACUAUUUCUACACCAGCGGCAAGUGCUCCCAGCCCGCUGUGGUAUUUGUCACCAGAAAGAACCAACAAGUCUGCGCCAACCCGGACACCAAAUGGGUCAAGGAUUACGUGAAUUACUUGGAAAUGAAGUGAGGGGCUGCUGGAGACCUGGCGCACGUCCUGGAGCAUUGCCCACGCCAGGGGCUCUUGCGCGGUCCAAGGAACUCCCACGCCGCCGCUGCGCUUCCACGGCUAGCUGGCACUUUAGAGACCUUCUCAGCUAUUGUGUUUAUAAUGUGAAAGACUCGCUGCUGCUCUCGAUGUUCCUCCUUUCUGGCACAAACAAGGCCCUGAGCACGUAUGGGCUUUAAAAAUCCUAUGGCCCAUAGAUGUAACUGCCUGUGAGGCAGUCUUACCUAGCAGUUAGAGCACUGGAUUGGGACUCAGGAUACCGGGCUUUAUAGGCAAGUCACUGCCCUGCUUGGUGCCUCAGUUUCCCCAGUUGUGAAAUAGCUAAUGAGUCUGACCUCUCUGGUGAAGAGGUCUGAUGGGAAGUGCAGUUGAAAAGUUUGGUGUUAUUCUUCCUCGCCUGGCUAAAUGCCAUUUCAGUUAUUUCCCUGACUUCCCUCUGUGGUCUCAAAUGGUUACGGGGCUUCCCCUGCCCUUGCUGCUCUAAGCUCUGUGCAGCUUGGGAGCAGGUGGCGGUCACCCAGAGACGUU